AUGUCAACUGUCACAUUAAAUCUAAUUUCAACACAACUUUAUGCAAAAUAGAAGAAAUUAUAUCCAAAAUAAAUACGUACCUAUGUACAAUCUGUUUUGUGAUAAAUAUCUAACGAGAUAACACUAUUGUCACAUGUAGUUUAUCAGCAAAUAAGAAUUUAAACAAGAAGCUUACCGCGCAGUAAUCUUUGAAUUUCGUGUCUAAAAACCGAGAAUGAGCGAACCAAGCCAUAUUCAAAAUAAAAUGGACUUCGGCUUGGUUAACGCAGGCGCACUAGGUAACAUCGGGGAGGCUUCCAAUGUUUCCAAUUUCCGGAAUCCUAUAGCAUCGACUUCGACCGAAGCGUACGGGCACAGUUUACCCCCUCUGCCUCCGCGACCCGAGAUGGGGUAUCCAACUGUUUCUCAAGGAAUGACGCAGCCGUACGGGGGUAUGCAGUAUGGGAUGGGAAAUUAUGGUGGUUUCGGAUAUGGAGGAUACGGCGGCGGUUAUGGAAUGGGAGGAAUGGGUGCCAUGGGCCUGAAUGGUAUGGCCCCUUAUGGUGCGUACAACCGUUACGGAUCUCCACUGGGCUAUGGAGACAUUGAGAGCAGAUUUAUUCAAUUGGCAGAGGAGAAUUCAAGGCCAGCUUUUGACUCAAUACAGAGCUUAGUCAGUGCUGUAGGCAGUAUAGCUAUGAUGCUGGAGAACACCUUCUUUGCUUUGACUAGCUCAUUUCGUGCUAUAUUAGGUGUCGCUGAAAACUUUGGUAGGUUGAGAACAGUAUUUGCCCAGUUCUGGUCAACAUUUGCAGUAAUACGAACACUGAAUUGGAUUUUCAAGAAACUCCUUGUAAUGCUUGGCAUUAGAUCUGAAACUGAAUUUAAGGCGUGGGCGGAGGCGGUGGCAGCCACGCGGGGCGGAGACCAAGCCGCCGCUGAGCGACCGCCCGGUUCGAGCUGGCCCAUCCUCCUGUUCUUCGGAGUGAUCGCCGCGGCCCCCUACAUCGUGCUCAAAAUGCUCAGCGGUCUCACGAGCACUAUCAAUGAGAACCUGAACGAUCCGAACACGUGGCAGGAUCCACUCCGCGCUAUAGCCCAAUACGAUUUCCAAGCGACGCGCGUCGGAGAGCUCAGCUUCCGCGCCAAUCAGCUGCUCUCCAUCGCGCCGCAACACCUCCAAACGCACCUGUGGAACACCGGCUGGCUUAUGGCGACGACCGAUCGGAAGGAAAUCGGACUCGUGCCAUUAAAUUACAUUAAGAUUAUGAAGACGCCAACGGACAGUGAAUCGAAAACGGACGUUGACCCAAACGAGUUCGAUAAGUUCUUUAAGAAGGACUAACCUCUUGCUGCGUACGGCGGAAGCGAAGAAUCACUUCGGGUAGGUAAAGUAAGGUAAAUAGUAAGAUAGUUUUAUUCGUUCUACCUGAAUAUAUUUUAUCUUCUACCAAUUGUUAGAGUUCAUUAUACAUGUAUAUAAAGGAAAACUUAAAAAUUAAUUUAAACCACAUUUAGCGGUUUCAUCUCGUGUUUACUAUUUCCGACGUUUGCGAGUUUCCGACGAGUGAUUAAUCGUGGAUAUUUAAAUAUUUUGCAGACUACCUUCUAAUCGUCUAUAAAAAAAAUACCGUAAAACCACUAAUGUUAACAUAAUUUUUUCUUAAUGUACAGAACAUUAAAUUUCGGUAAUUUGGGGAAUUCCCCGCUUGCCGAUUAUUAAGCCUGCAAUAGUACAUGUUGGCCGAGCGUCGCCGAGGAACGCCAAUACCAACGUAUAGACAGUAUAUAUUAUUAUGCAUUGUCUUGCCACCGCUCGGUGUCGCUUGCCUAUUUAGCCGAGUAAAGUCAUAUCAAGCGCCAACAUGUAUAGAACUGAUUUGGCGUAGCUUGUCACAACGUGCGGGUUGCUCGCGACCACUUGCCCCACUUCGGAGCGUGGUUGGUUGGUUUCUGUGCGCAAAUCAAAGGCGCUCGCGCGCUCUUGGCCAAUAGUGCCCACAUGUUUGUCAGUGCGCUAUUACGCGGUUGGCGUCGGUCGUGUGUACGCGUACAAAAUGUCACUUUCCAUUCGUGCCAGCCCAACGUGUGGGCAUCUCUUCAAAAUUCGUCUAUAUUGGCCAUUUGCAUUGGUUUUCGAUAAACUUUCCGAACGUGUAGGCAGUAAGUAGCACUUGCCCUGUAUUAAUUUGCCUACGCUCGCGUUGGCCUAAGCUCGACCAAUUUAGUUAUCCACCUGUUUCUCGUUUAACUUUGUUAUGAAUUUGUAAUCUAUUAAUAAAUAAUUUAGAAUUUUGACAGUUGGACUCUGUUAGACAGUACGAAUUUUAAGAUAUGAUUCCCAACUUGCAGACUGUCGCACCGUAGCUAGCUGACAACCGAGACUGCUAGUUCGGAAUCUUACCUUAACGUAUUAGAAGUAAUAUAUGAAAUGAGAUGUCAAGACGUUUAUGGGUUUAAAAAACCCACGAUCUGUUUCGCUAUUUGUAAUAAUAAUUGUUUUAUGCAUUUAUAAAAUGAAGUUAUAACAUAAUAUAAUAUGUAAUAUAAAUAAGCAAUUUUGAAACUUAUAUGUAAAUAUUGAGAGGUGAAAGGCUAUUUAGUUAAAGUGACGUUUUUGCAAUUUUAAAGUUAAAAUUUUGGGAAUAAUAUCAUAACAAAAAAAAACUUUUUCACCCUUUUGAAUGGGGUACACUUAAUUGAAGUUAUUCAAUUAAGAAUAUCGAAUUGUGGAUGUUAAUCGCUACAUAGUAUAAAAAUAAGUCGCUUUCUCUGUCCCUAUAUCUGUCUGUCCCUAUGUAUGCUUAAAUCUUUAAAACUACGCAACGGAUUUUAAUGCGGUUUUUUUUAAUAGCUACAGUGAUUGAAGAGGAAGGUUUAUAUGUAUAAUAACAUUCGUUAAAUAGUGAAGAAAUCUAUACUAAUAUUAUAAAGAGGAAAGAUUUGUUUGUUUGUUUGUUUCGAAUAGGCUCCGAAACUACUGGACCGAUUUGAAAAAUUCUUUUUCCAUUAGAAGCCGACAUUGUCCCUGAUGAACAUAGGCUAAUUUUUUUUUUUUUUUGUGUCAUGUGUGUUUUAAUGUUUCCGAAGCGAAGCGAGGGCGGGUCGCUAGUCAAUAAUAAAUUACAGUUUCCGAAGCGAAGCGAGGGCGGGUCGCUAGUACCAAAUAAAACGGACCUUUAAUUACCAAUUAAAUGCCGGGUAUUAAGCGAAAUGUCGCUUUAACCAAAUAGCCUUUUACCACACGAUGUCUAGUACACAUACAUGUAUCAAUCACUAGUGGUAGGAUGUAUUGAGUUCAAAAGAAAGGCGGUCUAUUUCAGUGGUGAACCAACCACUCUUUCGUUGGAAAAGUGAGACAGCAAUAUUAUAAUAUAUUUAAUAUUAUAGUUGAGAUUUCGACGAAACAAACAUAUAAUUUCCACAAGGACGAUAAUUUAAAACCCAACUAUUUUUACAAGAUAACUAAAUAUUAAUUAAUUUUGGUAUCCAAACGCAGUGCUGGUUGUUUUAUUGCGUAAUAUGUAAUGGUGUUUUUUUUUUAUAAUUAUGGUCUGUUAUUAAUUGAAGGGAUCAAUGUUUGAUUAUAGCUAAGGAACGAACACUUAUUUUAAUAUUUCCUCAGUUUGUAUUGUACAUUAAGUAUUGUUCUAGUCAUGAGUUACUUGCUACACAACAGCUGUCAAGUCAAUUCGGGGAGUCCGAUAAAUAAACAAAAGUUAGUUAGUUGAAACAAAAAAUGGUGGUUCGAACACGUUAGGCAAUAGUAUCAUAAUGCAGUGUAAAGCAACCUUGUCAACCAAAUCAGCCAAAUAUGGGUAACACACAAUUGAAAUUUAUUCAGAAAGCCUUUUUUUUAACAUGAAUUUUUACAUAUAAGGCCGUCAGCGAAAUGUUUUUUUUAUUUUUAUUUUUUAUUGCUUAGAUGGGUGGAGGAGCUCACAGCCCACCUUGGAGCCCAUAGACAUCCACAACGUAAAUGCGCCACCCACCUUGAGAUAUAAGUUCUAAGGUCUCAAGUAUAGUUUCAAGGGCUGCCCCACCCUUCAAACCGAAACGCAUUACUACUUCACGGCAGAAAUAGGCAGGGUGGUGGUGAACUAAGCUUACCAUAGUUAGUAUGGAGAUAUCGAGGUUUGAAUUUACUUUUACACUGCUUCGUAGGCAAAAACAAUACGCGCGAAAAUAGUGUUUACAAAGCCAUUUGUUAUCUAACGCUGAAACUAGCGAUAGAUACGGUUUUGCGUCAAAUUUUUUUUUGUUUCAAAUAAAUUGCAAUUUAGAAGCACCAAUUUUGAAAAAUUGUGGGCUAGGCCACUUUUACGCUGAUGACCUCAUAUAGCCUUGUGUAUUUUCUCGUAUCUUACAAGACAAAAUAUUGAGCAAUAGUAGUUAGUAUCCGUGAUUGAAAAUUUUGCGGAAGAGUCAAGGAGUCAGAGCCGCGGAUUGACGACCACUGUCUUAAUGAGAAAAUCACGAAGGUUA